CCGUCUGCCACGGGUUUCCCCCAAAAUCCACACCCAACAAACCAUUCCGCAACCAUGACGAGCUUCAUCGCAAAGACCGUCGCAAAGAAGAUCUUGGGAGAGUCUGCUAAGAACAACUUCGGCCAAGAGGAUCCAUACUUCGAAACCGUUCCUGCGACUCGACUUGAUGGCAACCCUUCCAAAAAGACUAAGAAGAGACGCAAGGCCCUACCACCAGGAAUAUCAGAACAUGAUGGGAAGGUUCUUACCAAAGUCAAGCGAAGGGCAUAUCGUCUUGAUAUGAGUCUCUUUAACUGCUGUGGAAUAAGGUUCGGUUGGUCAAGUGUAAUCGGCAUAGUCCCAUUAAUUGGAGAUGCUCUCGAUUGCUUCAUGGCCAUGAUGGUCCUUCGCACAUGCCAGCAGGUAGAGGGAGGGCUUCCGAAAGACGUCCAAGCAAAAAUGAUGUUCAAUAUCAUAGUGGACUUUGGUAUCGGGCUCGUGCCUUUUCUGGGUGAUAUUGCUGACGCUCUAUUCCGCGCAAAUACCAAGAAUGCUGUCGUCCUAGAGAAAUUCCUUCGCCAGAAGGGUGCCAAGAACCUCAAGCAACAAGGCCUAGCGCAGAAUCUAUCUGACCCUACGGAUCCUGACGAAUUUGACCGGCAUUUGAGAGAAGAACUUGGCCCGCCUCCCCAAUACACAACUGCCCCGUCUUCGAGACAUGACAAUGGAAGUGUAAGGCCAACCCAAACGCAAGAGGCAACAGUCCCCGCAGAGAGUAGAGGAGGUUGGUUCAGCGGAUUUGGAAGUAAGAAGAGACAACCGGAUGUUGAACGGGGCCCAGAGUUGCGUAGACGUGAAGAUGACCCUCUGCCGCGCAUUCCAAAUGACGGAUCUCGCCUGGAGAGUAACACGGUUCAGAAAAGUCGACGCUGA